AUGAACAGAGCGAUGUCUUCAUCACACGCGGCCGAAGACAACUCUUCGGACGACUUGAUGUCCAAAUAUCAACGAUUGGCCGCCAAAUACUCAAAGAUGCGGGCGCAGAUCACGGUAUUGAAGAGCGCGUACACCGAAGAGCAGACCAAAUGCCUGGACAUGAAGGACAAUGUCGUCCAAAAGGAUCAAUCGGUUCGCCGUUUGGAACAGGAGAUGGAGAGUCUGGACUUCCGGAACCAACAGUUGGCCAAACGGGUGGCCGUACUUCAGGACGAGUUGUCUCAGCAGCAGCUGAACCACAAGAAGGCCCAAAAGGGUGGUAAACAACACCACUCGUCCCACUCGACGCCCGCCCACUACACGAUCAACGGUGACAUCGAUGGCAGACACGGGAACGAUGUGUUGGAUGUGAUAAACGGCGAACUUCAGAGUAAGAUCACUGAGAAUGAGAGGCUUCACAUCCGACUGAACACUAUUGAAGCCGAUUAUCAACAAAAGAUGGCUGACCUUCAGGAACAGCUGCGGAAGACAGAGGAGCAAAACGACGAAUACAAUAAUCAAAUGACCCGAUCAUUGGCCACAAGA